AUGAUGAAGGCUAUUGCUUCACCAAAUAAUAUUGAUCAUUUGGCACUGCUCAAGUUCAAGGAAUCCAUAUCUUCUGACCCUUAUGGAAUCUUAUUCUCUUGGAAUACUUCUAUUCACUUUUGUAACUGGCAUGGAAUCACAUGCAAUUCCGCGCUUCAAAGAGUUACAACGUUGAAUUUGGAAGGAUACAAGUUGAAGGGUUUCAUAUCUCCUCACAUUGCCAAUCUCUCAUACUUGACAAACUUCAACCUCGACAACAACAACUUGUACGGGAAAAUCCCACAAGAAUUGGGACGCUUGUCACGGCUGAAGCAACUUUAUAUUGGAAAUAACUCAUUGGAAGGAGAAAUUCCCACAAACUUGACAGCUUGCACUCAUCUGGAAGUCUUAUACUUACUUGGGAACAAUCUGAUUGGCAAAAUACCAGUUCAAAUUGGUUCAUUUCAAAAGCUUCGAAGUCUGAAUGUUGGCAAGAACAAGCUCACAGGAGGAAUUCCAGCAUUCAUGGGUAACGUUUCAUCCCUAAUUUAUCUCUCCGUGAUUAUGAACAACUUAGAGGGAGAUAUUCCUCAACAGAUAUGCAAUCUCAAAAGCUUGGCAUCUGUAUUUGUGAGUGUCAACAACCUCACAGGAACAUUCCCUUCUUGUCUCUAUAAUAUGUCAUCUCUCACAAAGAUUUCAGCUUCAGCAAAUCAGUUCAAUGAUUCUCUCUCACCCAACAUGUUCCACACCCUCCCCAAUCUCCAACUACUUCUACUUGGUGGCAAUCGACUCUCAGGUCCAAUCCCACCUUCCAUCAUAAAUGCAUCUAUUAUUUCAUCAUUUGAUAUUGGUGGAAACUACUUUUCUGGACAAGUUCCAAAUAUGAGCAAGUUACAAUAUCUUUAUCGUCUAUCUUUGCAAAAAAACAAUUUAGGUGACAAUUCCAUUAAGGAUUUGGAGUUUUUAAAAUCAUUGGUAAAUUGUAGUAAGUUACAAAUUUUGUCUAUAUCCUACAACAAUUUUGGAGGAUAUUUGCCAAAUUCCAUAGGAAAUUUAUCCAGCAAACUCAGUCAACUAUAUCUCGGAGGUAAUCAAAUAUCAGGAGAAAUCCCUGUGACAUUAGGAAAUUUAGUUGACUUAACUCUCUUGAUGAUGGAAGAUAAUUUCAUUGGUGGGAUUAUCCCAACAACUUUUGGGAAGUUUCACAAAAUGCAAAAAUUAGAAUUAGGUACAAACAUGCUGUCAGGAGAAAUAGGAGCCUUCAUAGGCAACCUUAGUCAAUUGUUUAUGUUGGGUGUGGGACAAAAUAUGUUGGAAGGAAAUAUUCCUCCAAAUAUUGGAAACUGCCAAAAGUUACAACAAUUAGAUCUUUUUCAAAACAACCUUACAGGCGCCAUACCCUUAGAGGUUUUUAAUUUGUCCUCUCUCACAAACUUCUUGGAUUUGACCCAAAACUCUUUGAGUGGCAGUAUACCUGCAGAAGUGGGCAACCUAAAAAAUCUCAAUUUUCUAUCUAUGUCUGAUAAUCAUCUGACUGGUCACAUUCCUGGAACUAUUGGGGAAUGCAUAAUGUUGGAGAACCUCUAUUUGGAAGGGAAUUCAUUGCAAGGAAUCAUUCCAUCCUCUUUGGCAUCAGUCAAGAAUCUUAGGGCAUUAGACCUAUCAAGAAACCACUUGUCUGGACCAAUUCCAAAUGGUCUACAAAAUCUGUCUUACUUACAAUAUUUCAACAUAUCUUUCAACAUGUUGGAAGGUGAAGUACCAACUGAAGGUGUCUUCCAAAAUGCAAGUGGACUAGUGGUGACUGGAAACAGUAUGCUUUGUGGAGGUAUUUCAAAACUGCAUCUGCCUCCAUGCACUAUCAGAGGUAAGAAACUUGCAAAACACCACAAGUUCAUAUUGGUAACAGUAAUAGUUAGUGUGAUUGCUUGCCUUCUCAUACUGUCAAUUAUUCUAAUCAUCUAUUGGACGAGGAAGAGGGGUAAGAAACCAUCAUUUGAUUCACCAACAAUUGACCAGCUAGCUAAAGUUUCAUACCAAAGCCUGCACAACGGAACUGAUGGGUUCUCAACGACAAACUUGAUAGGGUCUGGAAGUUUUAGCUCUGUCUACAAAGGAACUCUCGAGUCAGAAGACAAAGUUGUUGCCAUAAAGGUCCUAAACCUUCAAAGAAAAGGAGCUCACAAGAGUUUCAUUGUUGAAUGCAAUGCACUUAAGAAUAUCAAACAUCGAAAUCUUGUUCCUAUUUUGACAUGUUGUUCUAGUACCGAUUACAAAGGUCAAGAAUUCAAAGCUCUAAUUUUCGAAUACAUGAAAAAUGGAAGCUUAGAACAAUGGCUGCAUCCUGGGACACUAAGUGCAGAGAAUCCUAGAACAUUGAGCCUUGAUCAAAGAUUAAACAUCAUAAUUGAUAUUGCUUCUGCAUUACAUUAUCUUCAUCAUGAAUGUGAGCAAUCGAUCAUUCACUGUGACUUAAAACCCGGGAAUGUCCUACUUGAUGAUGAUAUGGUUGCUCAUGUGAGCGAUUUUGGCAUGACAAGACUUCUCUCAACAAUUAAUGGUACCACUUCUAAGCAAACAAGUACAACUGGAAUAAAGGGGACUGUUGGCUAUGCUCCUCCAGAGUAUGGAGUGGGUUCUGAGGUGUCCAUGAAUGGUGACGUAUAUAGCUUUGGGAUUCUUAUGUUGGAAAUUCUCACUGGAAUAAGACCCACGGAUGAAAGCUUUGAAGAUGGUCAAAAUUUGCGCAACUUUGUGGAAAAUUCACUUCCUGAUAAUGUUCUACAGAUUUUGGAUGCAUCUUCCCUAAAGCAGAGACAGCCAAUAGUAGAAGAAGAAAAUAGUCUGAACCUUACUCCAACUGUUGAAAACUGUUUAGUUUCACUCUUUAAUAUUGGACUUGCUUGUUCAGUGGAGUCACCAAAAGAAAGAUUAAACAUGGAGAAUGUUACAAGAGAGUUAAGCAAAAUCAAAGGAGCCUUUCUUUCCGGUAAGAUAAAUGGAAAAUGA